GUUUUUGAGUAAUGUUGUCCACAGACAGACAGACACGACCGAAAACAUUACCUCCUUCACAGAGGUAAUGAUGAUGAUAAUAAAUAUCUGACACUGACCUCACGUCUGUCUCAUAUAUUAACCUGUGGACCUAAAAACAGACCUAUUUUCUACAGAAUUCWUCUAAUCUCCAUUUUGUUUUUCCUGGAAUAAAAAUCCACAUCUGUUGCAACCGUGAUGUAUGGAGCUACAUCGAGCUCCAUAGUGAUGAAAGACAGACUGAAUCCUGUCAUCAACCGGUCCAGUGAAACGCUACAUGCUACAUGCUACAAACAAACCUGGCUGUGUAUUUAGCUCAGGUAAAACAGAGGCCCCGCCCCCACACUGACAUCACCUGGAGCGAUGGCUCUGAUCUCCCUUGAAGACCUGGAAGGACUGGACGAGCAGCUGGACGAUGACAUCAGCGACAACCCUGAGCCAAUGGAUGAGGASGACGGAGAGCGGCUGCUGAGUCACUGGCAGGCCGUCGCCAGCACCCACCAGGUGUCAGUUGCUCCAGAAAUGAUAGGACCCAUCCAGGAAAUGACCCGCAACAGCCAGCAGAGGGAGCCCGUCCCCUUCGUCCAGGUGUCUCGCCACGAGAAUAUGGGGGAGGUUCUGUACGAGGAGCGGCUCUGCCCGGCAGGUAACUGGGUCUGCGUGACCCGAGGAGAGAAGCUGUACGAGCAGAGCAUCUCCAUGGCCUUCAUGAAGCUCAUGCGCUUCAUCUGUAAAGAGAACUCUGCAGGUAGAUACCUGGGUAUGACGGUACCUGUGGUCAGCAGCAUCCAGGUGGACGACGAGGGGACGUUUGAGAAGAGCGUGGAGACGGCGUUCUACCUGCCCGCAGAGUUCCAGAGCAGCCCCCCGCAGUCCUCGGACCCUGACAUCAGCGUGGUCCACAGAGAGCCAAUCAGAGUGCUCGCCAGGACGUUCUUUGGGACCACCACGGAGGAGACGGUGGGCCGGCAGAUCCGCCUCCUCUGGGAGCUCCUGGACCCGGGGGACCACUUCCACCGAGACCGCUAYAUGGUGGCUGUGUACGACAACCCUGGAGCGCCGCGGCGCCGCAACGAGAUCUGGUUCAUCCGCAGAGACCCGUAGCCUCCGCCCACCUGCUAGGCUCCUCCCACUUUGAUGGACCAAUCAGAGCAUGCUCCUGAUCCUUUCACUGUACAGGAAGUCACCUGUGCCACACGAAGCAGCUCCGUUACCCAGGUGACCUCACGUUGUCUUGUGUAGUACUGUGUCGUGUGUUGUAGUACUGCGCAUGCUCAGGUGUGAAUGGAGGCUCCGCCCCCUCACUCAUCAUAAUCUGUGUUUAAUGACAGAAACAGGAUUCUCAAGUUUUACAGGAAUUUUUCUACCAUGUUUUUAUGUCAAACUGUGUCUCCUUCAAAAUAAAAUGAUUUUAACUGAAA